AUCAGGUACCGCGAGAUGACGAUGGACGUGAGCAAGACGGAGCCGAGCAAAAAUGGGGCUCCUCAACAGGAGUGCGCAGGAUGUGGAAAACCAAUUACAGAGAGAUACCUCCUGAAAGCCCUAGACAUGUUCUGGCACGAAGACUGCUUGAAAUGCGGCUGCUGCGACUGCAGACUCGGUGAAGUAGGCUCAACCCUCUACACAAAAGCCAAUCUGAUCCUCUGUAAGCGCGAUUACCUCAGAUUGUUCGGCAACACUGGAUAUUGCGCUGCUUGCUCCAAAGUUAUUCCGGCGUUUGAAAUGGUCAUGAGGGCUAGGGCCAAUGUCUAUCAUCUCGAGUGCUUCGCUUGUCAACAGUGUAAUCACAGAUUUUGCGUGGGCGACAGAUUCUAUUUAUGCGAAAAUAAAAUUCUCUGCGAGUACGAUUACGAGGAGCGACUGGUAUUCGCAAACAUGGCACUCCAUCCCCCGCCAACGGCAACUCUGGCUCACAUAAAGCGUCAGGUGACGCAUCUCCAGCCCCAGAACGUAGCUGGGGCUCAGGCGAGACAAACAAAUGGCGAUGUUGGUCAUAACCACAAUGGGUAUCAGCCAGCAGCCACCUCCGCCGGUGCCCAUAACGCUCUAAAUCCCAUGAAUAAUUUAAACGGCAUCAACGCACAGGCUACGUACGACACCAAAUGACAGUCGAAGUAGGAGAAAUUUUUCUAUCUGAACGCCGGUGAAUCGAUUCCUUCGCGAAAGAAGGAAAAA